GGCUGCCAGAGCUCCAGCAUCUAUCAGAGCUGCCUCUCUCAACGAUUUUUAAACUAAAUGAAAAUAAUACGAAUUAAUAUGCACUAAAAAUAAUUAAACGAUCGUAUAUAUCACCUUCAUAUCACAGUCGUUCAACUUUUUUGUUUCCGCAUGCUUUCAUACCUUCCAUAUUCCGAGUCUGGCAAACAGCUGUUUGGUGGUCUAUCGAAAAGUGCAUAGGCCCAUACAUGCUCUCGUUGCUUUGGCCUUUGGCGCGCUAAAAUCCUCAGGGCAUAUAAUCAAACGGAGCACCUAACAGACCGCGACCGCAGACCAAAUGCCAGAGAGUGUGAUUGCCGGCAUACCGGUUCAUUUUCCCUUCGAGCCGUACAAUGUGCAGCGCGACUAUAUGGAGAAGGUGAUCAUCUGCUUGCGGGACGGCACAAACGGCGUCCUCGAGUCGCCAACGGGCACCGGCAAGACACUGAGUCUUCUCUGCGCUUCCCUGGCCUGGAUACGCACGCGGCAGUCGGAGCACCAGCAGCAGAUGAUUAAGCUAAAGGCGACCAGCAAGGAAGGUGGACCCGGAUCCGGACCCGGAGGAGACCUCAGCGAGCUGGCCAUGACCGUGGGCCAAGCGAACAACUGGGGCGUUCCCAAGGUGAUCUAUGCCUCGCGCACUCACUCCCAGCUGAACCAAGCCAUGCGCGAGCUGAAGCGGACCGCAUACGCGAACAUGCGGUCAGUGGUGCUGGGAUCGCGGGACCAGCUUUGCAUCCACCCGGAGGUUAUGAAGGAGCAGGGCAACUCCAACAAGGUGAACCUCUGCAAGUUGAGGGUCCACUCCAAGACGUGCACCUUCCAGCUGCGCGUCGAGUCGAAGAAGGACCACCCGGACUUCCGCGGGCCCAGCAUCAUGGACAUCGAGGACCUAGUUAGGGUGGGCCAGAAGCUGAAGAUGUGCCCCUACUAUGGCUCCAAGGAACUGGUCGCCCAGGCGGACAUCACGUUUAUGCCGUACAACUACCUGCUAGACCCGAAGGCGCGCAAGGCCAAUAAGAUCGAGCUUGGCAACACAAUCAUAAUCCUGGACGAGGCACACAACAUCGAGAAAAUAUGCGAGGAGUCCGCCUCGGUGCAGAUACGCUCCUCCGAUGUGGCCAUGGCCAUCGAGGAUGUCACACACAUCAUGAAGGUCUUCACCAGUGGAGAAUCGCAGGAGGCUGGCGGCGAUGAGCCCAAGGACUUUACCCUGGAUGAUCUCACGCUGCUCAAGGAAAUGCUCCUCGAGCUAGAGAAGGCCAUAGAUGCUGUGGUGGUCGAUAAUCCCACGGAUGGCACCACCUAUCCCGCCUCCCUAAUGUACGAGCUGCUCGGCAAAGCGAACUUUACGUACGGCAACUGCGCCACCAUUGUGGCCCUGCUGGACAAGCUGGUGCAGUACCUGAUGGUCGCCUCGCAGCACAUGACGAUCCGCAAGGGUGGGACCUUCACGAUGCUCAGCGAUCUGCUGACCAUCGUGUUUGCCAACAAGGAGAACAUCAUGAGCAAGGUGCAUCUCAGUUUUAAGGUGCACGUGCAGGUGGAGGAGUCCAAUAAGCAGCAGGGCAAGAGUGGAGCGACCCAGGGCAAACAGCAGGGUUGGCUGGGUAAGAGUAAUAUCACGACGACGGGAACCAGCAGCAAGGCGGCAAAGAUCGUUAAUUUCUGGUGCUUCAAUCCCGGCUUCGGUAUGGAGCAGCUGCUCAACACCCAGGUGCGCAGCGUCAUCCUCACCAGCGGCACGCUGGCACCCCUAAAGCCACUGAUCGCCGAGCUGGCCAUACCGGUGGCCCAGCACCUGGAGAAUCCCCACAUUGUCGACCAGUCGCAGGUCUAUGUAAAAAUCAUCGGCACAGGCCCGGACCGACAGCAGUUGAUAUCCAAUUUUAAGAAUCGGGACAAUCCCAAGUAUAUCAGCUCCCUGGGCCAGACCAUCCUGAAUGUGGCGCGCAUCGUGCCGGACGGACUCCUAGUGUUCUUCCCCUCGUACCCGAUGCUGAACAAAUGCGUGGACGCAUGGCAGGCCAGCGGCUUGUGGGCUGACAUCUCAUGCAAAAAGCCCAUCUUCGUAGAGCCGCGCGGCAAGGAUCAGUUCACCAGCACCAUGGAGGAGUUCUACCAGGCAAUACGCGACUCCAAGGGUGCUGUUUUCAUGGCCGUCUGUCGGGGCAAGGUGUCCGAGGGCCUGGACUUUGCCGAUCGCAAUGGACGGGCCGUCAUCAUCACCGGCUUGCCUUUCCCCCCGCUAAAGGACCCAAAGGUGAUACUAAAACGGCGCUACCUUGAGACGAAUCGCACUAAAGAGAACCAGCUACUCAGCGGGCAGGAAUGGUACAACUUGGAUGCCACGCGAGCCGUCAAUCAGGCCAUUGGUCGCGUCAUCCGGCACCGUAACGACUACGGUGCCAUUCUGCUGUGCGACUCGCGCUUCCAGGACGCCUCCCAGGUCCAGCAGCUGUCCAAAUGGAUACGCGGCCAUCUGGGUGCGCGGCCGCAGAGCUCUCCAUUCGGUCCCAUUGUGCGCGAGUUGCGGCAGUUCUUCAAGCAUGCCGAGGAGACGAUGAAGCAGCCGGAUGUGAGGGAGGAGGAGCAGCCACUGAUGAACGUCUGCAAGGUGGAGGAGGUUGGGACCCUGCCUGUCAUUCCAACAAUCAAACAAGAGCCAGGAAACAAUGAAACAUUCCGCAAGGCCAACAAUUCGGCCAUAAAGGUGGAGAUGGCCAAUUCCAUCAAUUCGUGGACUCCUGCAGACUAUGCCAGCGCCGCGGGGCGGACCUUGGGCAAAGCAGCACCCAAUGCCAUGGAUUUUAUGAGUCGCCUGGACUCGAAUGUCUCGAGCAUAGAUUUCAACUGCAGUGGAAGUGCUGACAGUGGGAGCGGCGGUUGCGGCAGCAGUAGUCUGGUGACGAUCUAUAAACGGGAGCGCAGUUCCCCCGGUGUCACCGAUACGGUGGCCACACAAACUACCAAAAAGCGGUACAAAUUGGCGGAGAAUAUCAAAACGGAGCCCAAAAGCAACAGCAGUCAGCAGGUGAAAGUGGCGCCCGAGUCGCGGGCAGACUUCCUGCGCGAGCUGCGGAGUCUCAUCAGUCAGGAUCAGUUUCGCGAUUUCGGGAAAGUGCUGAUUGAAUACAGAAGUGGAACCGACGAGAACUUCGAGUCUCUGAUGACUGUGCUCCUGGAGGUUCUGGCUGCACCCAAAAUGCGCUACCUUUUCAUUGGCAUGCGUCGCUUUCUAAGGAACGAGCACAAGGCCGAGUUCGAUGUGCGACUGGCCAGCCUCAAUUUGGCACAAGAAUCAAGUCCAAAUAAAAGGAUCCUUUAAAUUCCCCGCCCAUUGAUAUCUUGUAAUUUUUGUUGUUGUUUCUAUAAUAAUUUUUUUUUACUUUAAAAGCGAAAUUUCGUUAAGGUAAACCAUUUUGAAACUGGCGCUGCCAUUAUGAAGUUCGGACUCACUUCCCAUUUAGUAAAUUUGUCAAGCCGGAGGAGAACAACGUGACGCUGAUGGGUGUCUAUCAUUUAGUUCUUUUGAAGCUUCUCAAUAUCCUAAAGGUCAGAGGUCCUUAUCUUUACAAUGGCAGCGAAGUGCAGCAAUACAGCAAAAUACACAAAAAGUUGGAAAGCAUCUAGUUAAGGCUACAAUUUAUACAAUUUAUAUACAAUUAAAAGGGAUCUCUGAGGGAACCUUUGAUUUUUUUGCUAGCUAACAUUCUGAUGUAAAUCACUUUAGAUCUUAAGAAAUCACUUUUAAAUGAAACAAAUGUAAGAUGCUUAAGUAUGAGUAAAUUUUAAACACAAAGUAA